AUGAGUGAUCCAGAACCCUGCAGAAUUAAACAGGAAGAGACUGAAGAACUAAUAGAUGUGAAGGUGAAGGAGGAGAGUGAAGAACUGAGUGAAGAUGAGGAGAAACAUCAUGUCAAGAGUGAAGAGCAAACUCAAUCAGAGGCUGAAGGUAAUUUUUCAGUGGAAAGAACAGCUGUCAAACGUUUCACCUGCACUCAGUGUGGAAAGAGUUUCAGGCAGAACUGCUUUCUCAAGUAUCACAUGCGGAAACACACAGGAGAGGAACCUUACAAGUGUUCAUACUGCGACAAGAAAUUCAAUCAUUCAGGAAACCUGAAAACACACAUGCUGAUUCACACUGGAGAGAAAACACACAGAUGUGAUCAGUGCGGCAAAACAUUUUUGAGGCCCACAGAUCUGAAGAACCAUCUUAGAGUUCACACAAGUGAGAAGCCUUAUCCAUGUCCUGAGUGUGGGAAGAGUUUUAGACAUCAGUUACAGCUAAAAUACCAUCAGAAGAUCCACACUGGUGUAAAAGAGCAUGUGUGCUUUGAGUGUGGGAAGAGUUUUCUUGCAAAUGGAGACUUGAGACGACACCAGAGGAGUCACACUGGAGAGAAGCCGUUCACAUGUACUCAGUGUGGGAAAGGUUUCACACAAAUGUCACAUCUUAAGAAACACAUGAGGAUUCACACUGGAGAGAGACCGCACACAUGUGAUCGCUGCAGCAAAACAUUUUCCAGGCCUUCCGAGCUGAACAGACAUCGUAAAGUUCAUACAAACGAGAGGCCGUAUUCAUGCUCUGAGUGUGGGAAGAGUUUUAGACAUCCUUCACAUUUAAAAUGCCAUCAGCAGAUCCACACUGGUGUGAGAGAGUUUGUCUGCUUUGACUGUGGGAAGAGUUUUAUUAGAGCUGGAACCUUGAAACGACACCAGAUGAUUCACACUGGAGAGAAACCGUACAAGUGUUCACACUGCGACAAGAGAUUCAGACAUUUAGGUAACCUGAAAAUACAUAAGAGGAGUCACACUGCUGAGAAAAAUCACGACUUUAAAAAGCAGAAUGAAAUUGCCCUUCCUGAAAGCUCUACUCUGUAUUCCAGAGAACCUGCGGGGUCUUAAAAGCAUUGAAAAAGUCCUAAAUUUGAUCAUCCUAAAUUAGGCCUAAACAGCCUUGAAUUUGAUAUACAAAGUCUUGGAUUUUGUUACAAAGGUCUUAUUUUAUUGAUUUAUGUUUGCCUUUCCUAGCAUUAAAGUUUAUACUAAAACAAAA